GACUACCUAUAAUCAUGCUCUAACCCUCAGAAUCCACACCAGUCUCACCAUUAUUUUCUCAACAAAAACUCGUUUAUUUCUCCCUUCUCUGAUCUCUCUUCGUUAUAACAAUAAACGAGUCGAGAAUUUUUCUUUAGGGUUCUAUUCUAUCUCUCGCUUCAAUUCGUUCUGAGCCACAUAGAGGUGGCGAUCUUAGGCGUAAUCUGAAAGCUAAAUUCGAUUCAGUCAGAACUUUUGUCGAAGAUGGAAAGACAAAUCAUGGAUUCUAAAAACGUGCAACCGAAAGAGGAAUAUUUGCCUACCAUUACCAAGCAAGUUUCAGAUGAACUUGAGAAGAGUUGUUUGACAGAAGAAGAAGAUGCCUGUUUGUCUGAUGCUAGUCAUAGCAGUAAGAAGAGGAUAAGGGAAGAUACGACUUGUGAAUCAAAGAAGAGUAAGAAACAGAAGCCGAGCAAAGAACCUUGGUUCAAGACGUUAUCUGAUGAUGACUGGCUUUUUGGUAACAAUCAGCAAAAGAGUCUUACUAAUAAUAAAGCAGCUAUCAAGAACGAUGAAGACAUGAUCAGGAAGUUGCUGCAGAGAUCAUGUGGAGAUUCCUUGUUUCCUAAGGCUCAGUUUUUGCCUCAAUUCGGAAUUUUUGUAGUACCAUAUACAGUUCCGUUUUAAGUCUCCAUAUUGUUUUCUUAUUCCUCAGAGUUAGCCUUAGCCUGUGAUCUAUUCGGAUAUAUUUCAUAUCUCUAUUAAUUAACUCAUAAUUUGUAGUAUAUAUUUUUCCGUACAAGAGUUUCCUUUUUGUAGAUUUCCUUUUCCUUGCAUUAGUUAUUUUGUAUAUUCCCAUCAUGAAUAUCUCUGUUAACUCAUAAUUUGUAUAUACUUUGUCGUACAAG